AUGCGGGCGUGCGCUGUGCUGCUCUGCGGCCUGUCCGUGGUGGUGGGCGGUUACUGGGGCGACCCGUGUCGGGAGCCACUGAAGGUGGGGCCGUGCGAGGCUCUGGUGAAUCGCUAUUACUUCUCUGCCGCGGCGGGCACGUGCCUGCCAUUCUUCUGGGGCGGCUGCCAGGCGAACGGCAACAAUUUCGAAACGAUAUCACAAUGCAGUGCUCAGUGCUGUGGUGGCGGCUGUGGGAGGCCGAGCUUCUGCUCGCUGCCGGCAGACGCUGGUCCCUGCGAGGCCCUCAUCCCCAGCUACUACUUCGACGGGAAAAGCUGCCGCAAGUUCGAUUACGGUGGCUGCGAGGGUAACAACAACCGCUUCGAUAACAUAGAGCAGUGCAAGAAAGUUUGCAAGUCUCAUCGCUGA